AUGGGCCUUUUUGGUGCUUUGAAUGCCAUGGGCAGUCUGAGCGCAACACGGUCUAUUCCUGCCACUGCUGCGACAGCACAUCUGCCAGCCUACCCACUCGCCGUUAAGAGUCCAUACUUGUCAACAUGGGUGCCCGGGCGUCAGGUGCUUUCCAAUGCUGCUACGUCCCAGCCCAUGUUCUGGAACGGAAUUCCACUGACGUGGCCGGUUCUGGCUCGAGUCGACGGAGAGACGUACUCGCUUUUCGGUCUUCCAAGCGGAGCAGCCAACAUCACUGAAGCAACCACUAAUUCAGUAUCUUACACAUCAUCACAUACCUAUGUUCGACUUACGGCGGGAUCUGCGAACGUGGUCCUGGACUUUUUCUCGCCAGUCCUGCCAGGCGCGGACGAAUAUGCUAAGCAAUCGUUGCCCUACUCAUACCUGACUGUCUCUGCAUCGAGCACCAACCAGAGUCCACCAGAUGUCCAAGUCAUGAGCGGUAUCGACUACAGCUGGACUUCACAGAAGGGCGCUUCAGGGCUGAACUACACGACCACAGAUUCCGCUGGGUUCUUCCAGUUCUACAACCCGAACCAGAUCCGAUUCACGGAGCAGCGGGAUAUGGCGACAUAUGGAUCGGUGCUUUUCGCAGCAAGCGAAGCUGGAAAUAUGACACAUGGCUGCGGUGCGGCUGCAGAUCUGCUUGCUGCCUUCUCCGCAACAGGUGCCUUGGAGAGGAGAGCCCGCAGGCAGUGCAACGCGACAGAUCUGGCCAGCUUGACUAAGAACCUUGGUACCAUCGGCCACACUGCAUCAUCAGCGACCUUUGUCGUUGGCUUUGAUCGAGUAUAUGCAAUCAACUAUCUCAACGAACCACAAACAGGCUUCUAUCGGACGAAGUGGCCGACGAUCCCAGAGGCGAUCGACUAUGUGCUCUCAAGCUACCAAUCAUUCUUGUCAGGAUCUCUGUCGUUCGAUGCGGCUGUGAAGACCAAGGCGGAGAGGGUCUCUCGCUCGUUUGGGUGCAAGUAUGCGGACAUUGUCGAAGCCUCUGUCAGGCAAACUUUCGGUGGCAUGGAAUUGACUGUUCCCCUCCAUGACAUGUCAGCCUCCGAGCCGGUGGCGUUCCUCAAGGAGAUCUCCAGCGAUGGCAAUGUGAACACGGUCGACUUCAUUUUCCAGUCAUGGCCGAUUUUCAUCAGUCUGAACCCGGACUACAUCCGAAUGCUCUUUGAGCCAAUCCUGUCAUAUCUGGAUGCCGGACGCUUUCCGCACUUGUAUACGAUACACGACAUAGGAACACAUUAUCCCAACGCGACUGGACAUGAUGACGGGAGAGAGGAGCAUAUGCCGAUGUUCGAAACUUCUUCUCUGUUCAUCCUGCUUUAUGCGUACCAAAAGCUGAGCGGCGAUACAAACUAUGCUGCCAGCUAUUCGAGUCUUCUGAAGGGCUACGCGGAUUGGAUGGUCCAACCUCGAUCGCUUUACCCCGGACGCCAGCUCAUCAGUGUGGACGUCAUCAGGCCUUCAGCGAACCAGACUGGCCUCGCCGUGCAAGCAGCUAUCGGACUCAAAGCGGCUGCUAAGCUGUUGCACAACAGUACCUACUCCAAAGUUGCCGCUGAUAAUGUCAACGCUCUCUAUCACGGAGGACUUGGUCUGGACGGCUCUUCUCCUGCUGACAGCGAACAUUUCACCUACAACUAUGAGAGGAACAAGACAUGGAAUGUGCUUUUUCCAUCCUAUUCCGAUGUAGUGCUCGAUUUAAGGACGUUCCCACAAGAAGCUUGGGACAUGCAGUCAGACUGGUAUUUGAAGAAGAUGAAGAGCUCAGGACUUGCAUUCGCAGGCCCGAGCGACGACAAACACUACACCCGCAACGGAAUUCACUGGGCCCUUUGUGACUGGAAUAUCGUCGCGGCGUCCGUGUCGUCCGAAGCCGUGCAAGAAGCCGUCAUCAACACCACGCAUGCCUUCUUGACCAACGGUCAGAACUCCAUCCCAUUCGGUACGAAGUAUAUUGUCGAUGGGCCUCGGGAAGGCCUUUGGGUUGGAAACCAGAACCGAGCAAGUGUUGGAAGUCAUUUCGCCUUGAUGGCGCUGAAAGAGGGAACGUGGUAUGGCAAAUGA